UUCUCUGUAUAUGCAAGUGCGACUUUAGCUCAAUGGAAGGAGAGAUGGCUAACGUUGCCACUAUUCGCGUUUUACCCUCCGCUUUCCUCGUAUUCUUCCUCUUGUUCACCUCCUUUUUCCUGGCUUCUGGCGCCGAGGAGGCCGAGAGCCAUGGCGUCUUCAGGAGGACACUAGACCAGAAGCUGAUGGGCUUGAAGAAGGAGAAGCUCACCCACUUUAGGCUGUACUGGCAAGAAGUCGUCAGCGGGAAGAACCCAACCUCCAUCAGGGUGAUCCAGCCUGUCAAUGGUUCGCAGGUCUUAUUGGGAUUGGUUCAAAUAUUCGACAAUGCCUUGACCUUGGGCCCGGACCCUGACUCGAAGAUGGUGGGCCGUGCACAGGGGUUCGUAAUCCAGCCGGACCAGAACGAAAUCGCCCUCCUGAAAGCAGAGAACUUUGUCUUCGUGGAGGGCAAGUACAACGGCAGUGCAAUCACUAUCCUUGGCCGCAACUCCGUGGCUAACACCGUGAGGGAGAUGCCGAUAGUCGGCGGCAGCGGCCUUUUCCGUUUCGCCCGAGGAUAUGUACAGCUCCGGACACAUGCCUUUAACAACGAGACCCUAGACACCAUUUUGGAGUACAACGUUUAUGUCUUGCAUUACUGAUGGCGUGCGAUCUGCGCUUCUUUGUUUAAAAAGAUUAAUAAUGUUCAUUUCCAAGUUGUCCCCUUUUUCCUAUGGAUUUAUGCAGUAAGUUGAUUGCGGCCACAUAUUAAUUACAACAGGCCUUCCAUUUAA